CGUCAUUUGAACUAAUUUCCGGCAAGACUCAUCCCCGACUCCCCGAAGCGCCUUUAAGUUAUACACAGCCGUUAAUUUUUUCAGAACCUCCUCUUUCUUCCUCCACUGUACCUCUGUUCGAUGCAGGCUGCACGACAAAUCCGCCUUAUGUCCAUGAGCAGGACGCUUGUCCGCUCUCACGUGCAUGUACAAAAACAUUUCUUGACGGCUUCGACUUCCAGAGCCCAAUCAGGGUCUGUAGCCUCGACGGGCGCCGCUGCAUCACAGACUCCACCACCCCCGUCUCAAGGGAGAUGGAGAUACUUUUUGCAGACUCUGGGACGUGUGACACUCGUAACAGUGGUCGGAGCUUCGGCAACAUUCUACUACAUCGCACAUAAGGAAAAAAACCCGGGGCCACAACUCCCAUUCGAUCCCUCAAAGAAGACCUUGGUCAUCUUAGGUAGCGGUUGGGGAGCGACGAGCCUCCUUAAAGGGCUUGACACCAGCGAUUAUAACACUAUCGUUGUCUCCCCAAAGAACUUCUUCCUUUUCACGCCUCUCCUUCCCUCUGUGGCAGUUGGCACGCUGAAUGCACGAUCUAUCCUUCAGCCUACUCGCUACCUGACGCGACACAAACAACGUCAGGUUUUAGUCAUUGAAGCAGAGGCCAAGGAAGUUGACCCUAUUAAUAAAACUGUCACGCUCUCGGAUGACUCCGAGAUUCGAGGUCAAAUAUCCAGUACGACCAUACCGUACGAUUAUCUUGUAUAUGCUGUCGGUGCCGAGACGCAGACAUUUGGUAUUCCCGGCGUGAAGGAGCACGCAUGCUUCAUGAAAGAACUUCAUGAUGCUGAGAAGAUGCAAGGACGCUUUUUGGACUGCGUAGAGAGCGCUGCUUUCCCAGGCCAAAGUGACGAGGAGAAAGACCGGUUGUUGCAUAUGGUAGUAGUCGGUGGUGGACCAACGGGUAUCGAACUUAGUGGUGAACUCCGUGACUUCCUGGAGGAGGAUCUCAAGUCAUGGUACCCAGAGCUUGCCUCACGGAUCCGCAUCACGCUAGUCGAGGCUCUUCCCAGCGUCCUUCCCUCAUUCAGCAAAGAACUGAUUGCCUAUACUGAGCGCACGUUCAAGGAAUCCGACAUUGAUAUCCUCACGAAGACCAUGGUGAGGAAGGUCAACGAGAAGAGCGUCGUUCUCAAGGGCCCCGAUGGUGUCGAACGAGAGGUGCCAUGCGGGAUGGUUGUCUGGGCUGCUGGCAACACUAGUCGCCAAAUAACACGGGAUCUGAUGGCGAAGCUCCCUGAAGACCAGGCGAACAAGCGCGGGAUUACCGUCGAUGAUCACCUUCGCAUGAAGGGAUCUCGUGAUAUUUUUGCUAUCGGUGACUGUACGGCCUCGUCUUAUGCUCCAACUGCCCAGGUCGCAAGCCAGCAGGGUUCAUACCUCUCACGCGUGUUCAAGUUACUUGCGAAGAAGGACCAACUGGAGGCUGACCUGUCUCAUGCUGAGACCAGUGAAGAGGCAGAGAAACUGAAGAAGCAGGUAGACAAGGUCAAGUUGAAGCCUUUCCAUUACAGUCAUCAAGGCUCGUUGGCUUAUAUCGGCUCGGACAAGGCGAUUGCUGACCUGCCUAUUUUCGGACGUGAGUGGACGAGUGGAGGUGUUGCGACGUUCAUGUUCUGGCGGAGUGCAUAUCUGAGCACUCUGUUCUCCCUGCGAAACCGAAGCUUGGUUGCUGGAGAUUGGAUAAGGGUGAAGUUAUGGGGACGUGACGUGAGCCGGGAAUGAAGGCUAAGCGUCAACAUUCACAACUAGCGGACUGAACAGGAUAGACUAUCAAUAUCACAUUUCUAGACAUAGACCAUAGACUAGAGGCUCAUUUCUUCCCCCUGAUAAUCGCGUUUGCAGCCACACGUUUCAGUGCACCUUCCGUUCCUUCGCAUUUUUUGUUGUCAUGUUCCGUACCCUACAUGGUCUUCGUUGUGUUAUUUUUAUUGUGGAUGGGUGUUGGGAAGAGCCAUAUAGACGCUGCUAGGUGCAUGCAUUGAUCCAUUC